CCAAACACCUUACUUAAACACAAAUAUUUCGUACUCGUACUAACGAAUUGUCUACUUGUUCCGUAGAGAGAAAAAAUAGCUACGUUUGAGUCCAGGGGAGUUGGGAGUUUUGCUUUCACUUGUGUUUAUCAAUGUCUUCUUCCUUAACCUUAGUUGGGUUAGUGAGCAACCCAUCAAUUUCUUGCCUCAAAAUACAAGAAAAAUCUUAUAAAUCUCCAUCCUUUGUUAAUUUUGGACAGAAAAAUCACAAAUCUUUGAAGUGGGUUAAUCCCAAUCUCAAUCUGAAAAGGGUGAUUCUGAUUGCAGCAUCAGCUUCAAAUGGGUCUCCUGGGAUCUAUUCUUCCCAACAAUUGGAGCUUUCAGUGAAGAAUGUUGACCUAGUUUUGGAAGAAGUCAGACCUUAUCUCAUUUCUGAUGGUGGAAAUGUGGAUGUUGUUUCUGUUCAAGAUGGCAUCAUUACCCUUCAACUUCAAGGAGCAUGUGAGAGUUGUCCCAGCUCAACAACCACCAUGACAAUGGGUAUCGAAAGAGUGCUGAAGGAAAAAUUUGGUGAUGCAGUCAAGGAUAUUCGUGAAGUUAAUGAAGGACAAGUAAAUGAAACAACUGUUAAGGCGGUGAAUAGUCAUCUAGACAUACUAAGACCUGCUAUUAAGAACUAUGGGGGAGAGGUGGAAGUUAUAACCAUUGAGGAUGGAGAUUGCACGGUUAAAUAUAAGGGACCAGAGACCAUUGGGUCAGGAAUAAAAGCAGCUAUCAAAGAAAGAUUUCCAGACAUUUCAAAUGUGAUCUUUACGAGCUAGAAAGAUUGCAACAGCAUAUUGGAUGAGAAAUUCAUGCCUCAUUCUUCGCACCACGGGCUAGAAAAAUCGAUUUAAGCCAUCUUGAAAAAUUGAUCAAGAAUGGCGUGUAAACAAAAUAGCAAGUGACGGUCCAGCUGACAAGUCCCUGCAUUACACAAUCCAACUCUUCAUUUAAUAGGGUGAAACUCAACUAUAUAGAGCUGUGUAAGUAGAGUUUAUUUACAAUUACCUCGCCAAAGAUUUGUAAAUUUGCCUGAGGAUAGUACCAUAGGUGCCAAUACCUGUGAAAUAGCAGAGGAUUACACGAUAAGGAUUAUGGAGUUUCUGUUACAAUGUUUUGGAAACAACAUAAUGUAAUUAUACAAUUUUCUUUA